UGCCUCAAAUCGUUUGCAACUUGCAGUAAACAAAGUGUUCGUUUCGAAAACUUGGAGAAAUUUAGCAAAAAUAUCCGUUUUUCACGAGUUUUAAACUACUUUCACGUUGUGCAUCUGCUAAACUUCAUCAUGGAUAUGGACUACUCAAAUGACUGGAGAAACGCUCACCACAGCACCGGUACCACCAUUAUGGCCGUGGAGUUUGACGGCGGAGUGGUUAUCGGAGCGGAUUCUCGUACCAGCACGGGAACGUACGUGGCCAACCGUGUGACGGACAAGUUGACCAAGCUGACGGACAAGAUCUACUGCUGCCGGUCCGGAUCGGCCGCCGAUACCCAGGCCAUCGCUGAUAUUGUGGCCUAUUCGUUGAAUUAUCAUGAGAAUCAAACCGGUGAGGAGCCGCUCGUUGCGGACGCUGCCUGCGAGUUCCGCCAGUAUUGCUACAACUACCGUGAUUCACUGAUGGCCGGAAUAAUCGUGGCCGGAUUUGAUAACAAGAACGGAGGACAGGUGUUUUCGGUGCCGGUGGGAGGAAUGCAGAUCCGACAGAGCGUGACCAUCGGUGGUUCCGGCAGUUCGUACAUUUACGGAUUCGUGAAGGAACACUACCGCGAGGGAAUGCCCAAGGACGAGUGCGUCGAGUUUGUCAAAAAGGCCGUUUUCCACGCGAUGUACCACGAUGGAAGUUCCGGAGGUGUUUGUCGCAUUGGAAUCAUCACCAAGGAUGGAGUCGAGCGCCAGGUGCACUUUGCUCCGCGUGAUUACGAAAAUGCGGUCGCCGGUCAGGCCGGACCGUCGGUCGCUGUUGUGGCUUGAAGUGAUCGUAGAUGGGUAAGGUCAUCUGAUUGAAUAAAUUUUUGAUUCGGUAUAAA